AUGGAUGAUUACUUCGAAUAUUCAACAGAUGUCUUUAUAAAUUCAAUUAAAAUAUUAAACAAAGGAAUUAUAGGUCAGGAUGUUUUGAUUAAAAUCGGUGAUACACAGCCAAUUGUUUUUGGAGUAAUCAAUUCCAAAGUUCAAGGAAGAGCUACAAUAGAUUUUUCUCAAGGAUACCAUGUUAACAUCAAUACAUACAGAAAAACCGUUCCUAACAAAAUUUUACUUUACAUAUAUAUAAAAUCCGAAGAUACUGUUUUUGUUGGAGGAGUAAAUAUCGCUCCUUUAGUUCAAGAUUCAAUUUCAAGACGUGGUACAUCAGCUAUUGCUAAGGAAUCUCUAAAAUUGAAAAAUGAGAUUGAAAAAGAUGGAGCAUUAGUCGUUUUUAAAGUAAGAGUUGAAGUAAAGAAUAUACCCCCAGUACAUGCAAAGAAAGAUCAGACUGACAGAGCUGUUCCAAUGCGUGCUACUGACUUUUUCAGGACAAAUCAACAAUAUCGAAAAAUGGCUGCCGAUUUACAAGCACAAGUUCAAUACUUACAAGCGAAAGUUAAUAAACUAUCGAAUCAUCAAUAUCAAGCACCUCCAGAGGCUGAAAGACCACAAUCACAACAAAAUAAUCAGAAUUUCAAUGCAACAACAUCAUCACAAAAUUCACAGACACCUGAAAUUAGAUCAUUUAGAAGGACUAGACCACCCGUUGAUAUGGAAUUUAAUGAACAGCCAAGAUCCAACAAAAGACCAAGAUUAUUCUCCACCGUAUCAAGUGAAAUGCAUGAUGAUUCAGCUAUCUCAGCUAUCAGAGGUGGAGAUAGUGAACCAGAUACUGAUGAUGUUAUAGGAAGCGGUGAUUCCGAUGCAAUGUUGGAAUCUGAUGAAUCUCCAAUUAUUGGAAGCGACGACGAAAUAAGUGAAGAUUCAAUUGGUGCUUCAAGUUCAAGUAUUGGUUCUGAUACAAAACCUAAAAAGAAGAAGAAAGAAGAUAAAUCUUUAAUUUCAGACCUAGAUAUUGAUAAUAUUGAUAGUAUUUCAUCUGAUUCAGAUAAUAAGAAGACCAAGAAGUCAAAGGCAUCUAAGUCAUCAAAAGCUUCCAAGAAAUCACAAAAUUCAGAUAUUGAUAUUGAAUCAGAUUCAUUUGAUUCACCAAGUGAUGAAAAGAUCUCAUCAUCAAAGAAGAAAGUAGCAAGUCCUCCUCAUAGCGAUUUUGAUUCUCCAAUUGAUUCAAUUGAUAGUUCAGAUCAUGAAAUGAAAGAAAAGAAAUCAGAUAGUAAGAAGGAAAAAGCUAAAGAAAAAUCGGAUGCCUUUUCAAGCACAAGUAAUUCAUCAUCAUUUGAUGCAGUUGAUAUUGUAUAA